AUGAACAUCUUGUUAGAUUCCAAUGUUGAGGCUUUAGCUUUCAACUACUUAAACUUCGGUUUAGUCACAGUUCUCAACAAUUUAUGGACCUGGCUAGCUCUCCUAACCGCCGCUCUCAGCUUCUGGAAAAUUCGCUCAUCGGGUUGUCCUAAAUUACAAGACCCGGUUUCAGUCAAUUCGGACCCGGAAGUUGAACCGUUGAUGUCGGAAGCUGAGAAACCGAUGAAAACAUUAAACGAGGUUUGGAAUGAUGAUGAUGGUGUUGAUGGUGUGAGGAAGGGGAAGUAUACGGUGUAUUACGAGGAAGACACGCAAUGCGGUGGCGGAGAGAGUAGCGGUGAUUGUAGUUACGGGCUGUUGUUGCCGGUUGCGGGAGGGUGGGGACCGGAAGAUGAGACGGAGUGGUGGAAACGAUGGGAGAAGGUGUUGAGGUUGAGAAACGGAGAGAAUGAGAAUGGGUGGUACACGUGUCAAGAUUUGAUUGGGUUUAAUGGCAACGUGGUGAAAAGAUGGGACGGUGGUUUAACGUUUGUUGGUAGUUGCAUCACUGAUGAAUCAUCAUGGUACAGGUCCAGCUGUAUGUUGGAUUUUGUAUCUGAAUGA